UGAGGAUCGUACUUAUUUAUGUUUUAUUUUUACUUGACUUAAUUGUAACUUGUGAGUGGGGUUUUACUGUUAAUGAGAAAAACAUAUGGCGAAACUAUUUCAUUUUCAAAACAUGCAACUACGGGCAUUGAAAUUUGAGUAUAAUUUCAUCAUUGUUAUUUUCUUAGGAUUAUGUUGUCAAAUUAAAGUUGGAGUAAGCCAUAUUGGAGAGAAAUGCUUUUUAUCUGCAUUUUGCAGAGCAAGUAACUCUUACUGUGAUAAAGAAGGAAUCUGUAGAUGUAACCCUGAUUAUCCUAUUGAAGUUGAUCGUCAUAAAUGCAAGCAAGCAGGUAGUCGGUAUGGGCAGAAAUGUGAAUAUACAGAACAGUGUACCUAUUACGACCUAAAUUCUUAUUGCACACAACUGCCUUACAGAAGUAAUUGUGAAUGUCACAUAGACUUCUUUUAUGACCCAGAUAAGAAAUUGUGUUUAAAGUUUCCAGAACAUGGGGACCACAAUCAAAAGUUGAUGCUUCCAACUGCUGUUGGUAUUUCAUUAGCACUUGCAAGUGUCUUAUGUUGUUGCUUGGCUCUUGUUCACAUGUAUCGAAGACAAAAUGUGGAGAGAAAUUAUUUCUCGUGGUUUCGAAUAAACAGAACAUCUUCAGUCCAAAGAGAAGAAGACCAGACCACACGAUUACCAACAAGAGUUGAUAAUUUACCUUCUUAUGAAUCAGUGGUGUCUGUUGAGGAUAACCAUGAGGAACCUCCUCCUGUGUAUGAAGAAGCUAUUAAAGCUCCACCAUUCGUUACUGAAACAGUUUCCAACAGUAAUAAGCCAUGACGUAGGUGUUUCUUUAAUCAAACAUCCUGUCUUUUAAAAUUUACUUCAGAAACUGUUAUACAUCAUCAGCCUAAUGAUGCAGGCCAAGGGUGUUUUUUUUACUUUGUGUUGUUUACUUCUAGAUAUGAAACUAGAUGUUUACUAUUUACAGUCAGAUUAUUUUGAGAAAGUAUAUUCACAAAGUAGACCAUCAUUCAUGCUCAGGUUUUUUACUUAUGUAAAUAUUUGGGUACUUUCACUUUCAAGACACUUAUUACAAGUAGAUUUCUUUAAGCUGUUAUCUUGUGUUAGCAGCUUGCAUAAACAUUUUCAUUUAUAUAAACAAAAAUAUUUUCAGAUUGAUUUUAUAACUUAGAUAUAGGCAUUAGCUUAUACAGUUGCAUUAGAGUUACGUAAGUUAUAUUAAAAAUUGUCUCCAGCACGAUAACAUUACCCUGUCAUUGAUGUAUUUCUUUCAAGAGAAACAUGCUUUAGUGUUUAAAAGCAGUGCCUACACUAAUUAUAUAGCAACUUACUAACUCCAAAGAGAAAAUACAAGUAAUAUUUCAAUUAUUAAUAGUAAGUUCUGGUGUUGUAUUGGGCGUUGAAAUAGAAGUGAGAUUGUGUCUUUCAUGUUUCUGAGAUUAAAUAAGUUUUCUUCUACUUUAUCUUCUGUAUUAUGUAAUUCAAUAACAUUUGAAUUUUGUUUUUGGUGAUUCUUUCUUUGAAUUUCAGAUAUUGAAGUUUUAUAGAAAAUAUUUAUAUACAGUUUUUAUAUAUGUAUUUACAUGUAGAUUUAUCAGAAUGUCAAUGAAUAAACAUAGUACUUUAUUUCAGGAAAUCAACAAUAGAUUUUUUUUUGACAAUUUUUGUAUACAGAAGAGUAAAGUGAAUCAGGUAUGAAAUUAAAAACAUUUUUAACAAUCAUAGUAAUGACAAUUAAUUUUAAUUCAAGAAUUAGUGUUAAGACUAACUAGCUUACAAAGAAAUUAGAGGGAAGUUUUUUCAUUAAUAUUUGGUUAGGAUACGUAUCGGAAGAUAAAAGGUGUAAUAUUGACGUUGAAAAAAAAAGGACAUUUCCGAGUUUUUGGACACUCUGAAUCCAUUUUGCACAAUAAAAAAUAAUUUUCAAUUGGGUAGUGACAAGAUAGACAGAGUGUAAUUGUGGAAAGUAUCUCAGUGAGACAAAUAGAGAUUACAUUUACAGACUGAAAACCUCACUUUUC